AUGCAGUUCACCACCAUCAUCAUCACCCUCCUGGCCACCGCCGCCACCGUCAUCGCCGCCCCAGUCGAGGCUGCUGCCGCCGCCGCCGCUCCCCUCGAGGCCCGCGCCUGCCAAACCGUGGCGGCCUCACCCUCCGGUGUCUGGGUGUCCAAGAACUCCCCGCAGUGGGUGAGCUUUUGGGUUCCGGCCAACGCCGUGGGCGCCUGUGAGCUCAAGGCCAUUUUCCCCGCCGGGUUCCCCAUCGCCGGCACCAAGCCCCAGGUCAACGUCAUUGACGUCAACGGCCCGGCUCCUGGCUCCAUCGUCGGCACCGUCACAUUCACCCCAGGCACCAGCACCACCAUCAACUCGUUCGCCUGCCGCCAGGACAUGCAGUACAGGCUUGAGAUCGCCAGCUGGCAGGCCCAGGGCUCGGUCUCUUACCCGGCUCAGCCCGGCACUGGUCUCAUUCUCAGCUAUGGCUGUUAG